UCUUCCUCCACGUAAACAAACCAUGGCAAGUCUUCGGGAAAAGCAAAUAGCAUCACUGCGGCGGAUGAUAAAUCUGAACAGUGGUGUGGGAAAUACCACUGUAGGCAGUGAAACAACUUUUUCUGUCCUGAUUUACGACAAACAUGGUCAGGAUAUCAUUUCUCCACUUCUCUCAGUUAAGGACCUGCGAGAGAUGGGAAUCACACUACAUAUGCUUCUGCAUAGUGAAAGAGGAGAAGUGCCGGAUGUCCCAGCAAUAUACUUUUGCCAACCAACAGAAGAAAACUUGAUCCGUAUCGGACAGGACUUCUCUGAUGGCUUAUAUUCCUCUUAUUACCUCAACUUUAUAUCUCCAAUCAGUCGUCAAAAAAUGGAAGACUUGGCCCUUGCUGCUCUGCAGGCUGGGUGUCAAAGCAAUAUUAAGAAAGUAUUUGACCAGUAUGUCAAUUUCAUCAGUUUAGAGGAUGAUAUGUUCACACUGAAACACCAGGGUUCUGAUGCUCUCUCAUAUUAUGCUAUUAAUCGUGGUGAUGUUAAGGAUUCAGACAUUGAUCACAUCAUGGACUCGAUUGUGGACAGCCUCUUCUCAGUGUUUGUCAACCUAGGUCAAGUUCCAAUCAUUAGGUGCCAAAGGGGCAACGCGGCAGAAAGUGUUGCAGAAAGGCUGGACAAGAAGUUGCGAGAAAAUUUACGCGACACGAGGAAUUCCUUUUUCACUGGUCUCUCCACAGAUUCAUUUGCAGCUGGACAGUUAAGUUUCCAAAGACCUCUCCUCGUGUUAGUUGACCGCAACGUUGAUCUUGCAACGCCCCUGCAUCACACCUGGACCUACCAAGCCCUUGCUCAUGAUGUGCUGAAUCUGAGCUUGAAUAGGGUCUCUGUAACAGAGCAAGACCCCAGCCACAUGUCCAACAGAAGCAAAACUAAAGAAUAUGAUCUUAACAAUGCAGAUAAUUUUUGGAGUGCUCACAAAGGUAGUGCUUUCCCUGAUGUGGCAGCAGCUGUCGAGAAUGAGCUCGAGGACUACAAGAAAGCCGAGACUCACAUCAAAGGCCUGAAGAGCGACCUACCAGAUGAGGACGCAAUUGAUCUCCUAAGUGACAACACCGCUAAGUUGACCUCGGCUAUCACUUCCCUUCCAGAAUUGCUUAAAAAGAAAGCCAACAUCGACAAGCACAUGAGCAUCGCCAUGGCCUUGUUGAACAGCAUCAAAUCAAGGAAGCUUGAUGUCUUCUUUGAGACAGAGGAGAAGAUUAUGGGUCGUGCUACCUUAGAGAAACCUUUAUUAGAAAUAAUAAAUGACCCAGAGUGUGGUACUCCCUUGGACAAACUGCGUGUCUUCCUGAUAUUGUACCUUUGUUCAAAUACCAUGACUGAUGCAGAGUUCAAUGACUAUGCGAAAGCUUUAGCUGAUGCAGGAGCUGACACCAAAGCUCUGCUGUACAUGAAGAGAUGGAAAUCUCUUAUGAAGAUGACUGCAGGAGGUGGAAUGUCUGAAUACACUGGUGGUGUGGCAAAGACUGUGUCCAUGUUCUCAAAGCUGAUGAACCAGGGAUCUGCUCUGGUGGUGGAAGGAGUCAAUUUUGUGCUUAAGGAAAAUAAAUUGCCAAUUACUAGAAUUGUGGACCAUUUGAUGGAGCUGAAAAACAGUGAAGAAGAGAAAGAGUACAAGUACUUUGACCCCAAGAUGUUACGACCGGGAGAUGGCAAUGUGGCUGGAGCACGAACAAGAACACCAUUCCAGGAGUCAGUUGUGUUUGUUGUAGGCGGUGGCAACUACAUGGAGUACAAUAACCUUGUUAAUUAUGCCAAGAAGAAAGCUGGUGCUACAAAUAAAAAAAUUAUCUAUGGCUGCACUGAUGUUGUCAAUGCUGAACAGUUUCUUAAUCAGCUCUCCAAACUUGGUAAUGACAUUUCCUGAAAAGAAGACUUCGGAAGCCAGUCUUUCUCAUAUACAAUUUUUUUGUGAUUUAUAAUGCUCGGAGAGGAAGAAGAGUUGUCCGCAUGGCACAUUUAUUGGUUUAUUUUAGGAAUUAUAUUUAUUUUAUAUGGAGAUAUUUCUAUUGUUUUGCAGUUUGUAUUAUAAUCAGAUAUUAAACAAUAUAAUACUGUAUUUAAGCCCCAGUGAUGUUAUGAAAAGCCUAUGAGAAUUUUAUACUGUUUAGAAGAAUAGUUAUAUAGCUAUUCACACUUUAUUGCUUUAAUUGCAAGUGAAUGUGCGAUAAUUGUCAUUAAGAUAGGUUAAGAUGGAUAUAUACCCUGAGCACACAAGCCAUAAUACCUGUUAUGGGGAAUAAUAAAUAAAGGGAUCAUUCUUCCUCCCUUUGUAUGCAUUCUAUGAUAGGUGCUGAUUUAAUGUUUGUGAAUGAGUGAACAGCAGUAUUUAUAUCUAUAAAAAAGAAGGAAACAGAGUGACAGAUAUUGUGCAAAUUAUUUGAUAUGGAUUAAUUAUGGUGACCAUGUAAAAAAAAGUUGGCACCUAGGUUCCUCAAUUUUAAUUAGCUAUAUUAUUUUGGUCUUUGAUUAUGUGUAAAUUGCAGUGAUACCAUUUUUUUCUUCAGUAUCUUCAGAGGGUAUUAUGGCUUUGGUCUCUGAUUGUUCAUGCAGUAGAAAAAGGGAAGUUGCAAGUAAUAUGCUUCGUAAGGGUAAUGCAGUUUUCAUUUUCCUCUUCAAAUUAUAAGAGUUUAAAUAUAUUACUCUUGAGAUAUUACAGUAAUAUGUAAAAAGGUACACUUAAGUAAAACAGUUAUUAAAAUA